AUGAAUGACCAGGAAGAAGAAGAAAAAAAAGGGGGGGGAGAAAAAUCAGUAAAAAAGAGCAUCGACAUUCGUUUUGAAGGAGAUGAAAUGGACAUUCCUGUUGAGAAGGCUGGUGGGGAGAAGCAAGACGCGCGAGCGAGGGGUGAUUUCCACGUGAGCAGAGAUAAGAACGGACAUGUGAACACAAAUGGAAGCACCCAGGUAAACCAAAGCAUAUCGAAAAAGAAUGACACAAACGAGGCCAAGGAACAGUUGCUAAUAUUUAAAAACUACAUGCAAAGGGAGGCAGGAAAGAGCAGCGAAGAGAGGAAAGAAGAACCCAGCAAAGAGAAAAUUACCCCCCUAAAGGAACAUCAACCCAGUAAAGAGCCAAACGGAUCGACGAAGGAACAGCAAGCCAGUAAAGAGCUAAAUGACUCGAAUAAGGAACAGCAGAAUGGCACAGAUGAAGACGAGUUCGAAAUCCCCAUACACAGGAAAAAAAGGAAUCAUCGCACUGGUUUUUUAAGUGAAGGCUUUUUUAAAAAUAAAGAUUAUGAAGAGGAGGAGCAGCAGGAGGAAAACAAAAGAUUGCACAUAUUGGACAUUUUCAAUUAUCAUGAUUUCCCUGCAAAUUUAUUUGAGAGAAAAAAAACGAAAACAAAAAAUAAGGAAAAAAAAUUUGUCAUCGAGUUUGUAGAUACAUAUAAUGACGAUUUUGUAAAAAAAAACAUUAACAACAAACUUAUAUUUGAGUCUAUAGGGGUAUGUAAAGGAAUUUCCUUUUUGCACAUAAACAAAAAUAUCAAUGUAAACUGCCUAGGGUCCAAAGACAACAAUGCUUUUUAUUUUUACAAAAUGAUACCAUUCGAUAAGAUUUUCUCCAAGGAUACCAUGAACAAAAUAUUAAGUAGCAAAAGUUCGCCUCCCAAAGAUGAGGAUACAAGACAGCAGAGUAAUAGGAAAGGACAACAAGCGAAGAGCGAUUUGGAGAGAGCACACAAAAAUGAGGAAAGGACGCAUAUAUACUCCAAAGAAAGGGCCGUGAAAAAAUGUUUCGGGUUGCUAAUAGAGCAAAACGUAUACUCCGCUGAUCAACCCCAGGAUGAAAAUUCAUCAGUCAAUAAAAAUUUGGAAAAUUUAUACUUUGAUUUUCCAUUUUAUAGAAACCAAAUAAGCUUCAAACCUAUUUACUAUCCGUAUAAGAAUAUCCCCAUUGUGAGCCACUCAUUUGAGAGUUAUUUUAAAAAUAUCCAGUGGGAAAAAAUGAACAAGUUGAGGGAUGCUCAGUUUUAUUACGACGUAAAAAACAGCUUCUUCAAUUUUUCAAGGGACGUUUAUUUGACGACCAAGGGGGCCAUUAGGCACUUCGAUUCGCCCAAGGACUUCAUCCUCCAAACCGCCAACCGAAUGAAGGACAUCAACUUCCAAAUGAAGAAGAUUUGCGAAAGGUCGUAUUACAUAGUGCACGAUUCCGUAAUGAGACUCAGCAAGGUCUCCAAAAGUUCUUAA